AUGAAACAUCAUUCCUGCUUUGUCAAAAUACCAAAUCGCGGUUUAUCAUUUCGUGGCACCGAUGAAAAAUUUGGUUCACUUACAAAUGGAAAUUAUAUGGGGCUGUUUGAGUUGCUUGCCGAGUAUGACCCAUUCUUGAAAGUUCAUAUUGAAACUAACAGUGAUAAAGGAAGAGGAUCUGUCAGCUAUUUAUCAAAAACUACUCUAGAUGAAUUUUUGGAGUUAUUAAGGAAAAAUCUUACAAAAAAAAUUAUAGAAGGGGUGAAACUGAAUAAAUAUUACAGUAUAAGUGUUGAUUCUACGCCAGAUAUUCGUAAUAUUGACCAACUAGUGUUCAUUCUUCGAUAUAUGACUGAAGAUGCAGAUCCAGUAGAACGAUUCAUCAAAUUUAUACCAAUGUCUAAUCAUAAGGCUAGUACAAUAGAACGAACUGUUAUGGAUACAUUAUCAGAAUUGGACCUUCAUAUUAAUGACUGUAGAAACCAAUCUUACGACAACGCAAUAAACAUGGGAGGUUCAUUUCUUCUAACAUCAUCUUCAGAGACUCGUUGGUAUGCUAGAAGAGAUGCUUGUAGAGCACUGGCCAAAUCGUAUGACUGUUUCUAUCAAACCUUUCUACAAAUUUCAGAGACUUCUACAGAAAAAGCUGAAGUAAUUGCUGAGGCAAAAGGCUACUGCGCACAGUUAAAUAUGUUAAAGACAAGAAUAUUUACUCUUCUGGUAGAAUUUCAACAACGAAAAGAGGCAUAUUUAGAAGUAAAUGAAUUGUUUGGUUUCUUACACAAACUCAGAAUAGAUGAUGUUAAUGUUGUGGAAGAGAUUCGAAAGAAAAGUGGAAAUUUAAUUGAAAAAUAUGCAGAUUUAGAAUCUGAAUUAAUAGAAGAAUGCAUUCAUUUCCAAGAGUUAAUUUUAGAUAUGUCAAAACGCUAUACUGAAAAUGAUCUAGAUCAAGCAUCAUCAACUCCACUUCAAUGUUUCAAAUUUAUUAAAUCAAAAAAAUUAUUGAUAUCAUUGUUUCCCAAUUUGGAAACUGCCUUAC